UGUUGCCGAUGAACAUUUCCGACUGACGUCCCAUUUACAAUCCAGCAGCGUCGUUUUAACAUUGAAAUCGGAGAAAAUACGAUUGUACAAUGCGGUCCGUUUAAACUAUCGUUUGAUAAAGUCGCGCAUGUGUAGAUGUCUUUCUCUUCUUAUCCCCCUUUCAGCGUACUCGCUGUAUCAUCUGAUUAGAUAAAGAGGGCUGGGUUCCGUCAGGAAGAUCUAAAAUUACCACGAGAUUCCAUUUUAUAUGCUUGUGUUCACCUGGAUGGACUGGCAUUAAAAAGUUCGCAAACAUGGUGUCCUUGCAAACUAUCGCGAGUAUAGUGAUCAAAGUGCUAAAAUUGGUCCUCAACCUCAUCAUCUUGAUCCUGUAUCGUACAGGAUAUGGCGGUGAGUUUUUAGGUGUUGGUGGAACUUGGAACUUAAACGAAGACAAGAAUCCUGAUGCCGAGAUCGUCGCAUCCGGCGUCUUCGUCGGAUUCUUCCUCUACACGAGCGUCGUGCUCGUCAGUUUCUGUUUCGGAAAUACCAGUCACAAAAGAUCUCUCGUCGAAAUCAUCAUGAAUUUCGUCGGGACUUUUAUGUUUGUGGCUGUGGGUGGAACGGCUCUGCAUUACUGGCAUGGUUAUCAAUCUGAGCAUAAAUACACAUAUGAAGCGCCGGAGAGGCAGAUCGGCUUGGCUGUGGGCUCAUUGUGCGUCUUGGAAGGCGCGGCGUAUUUGAUGGACUUAAUACUGAGCUUCCUCCAUUACGCUAAGGACGAAUUCAAUUAACUUAGGAAGAAUAUCACAGUACGAUACCAUAGACAUUGACAACAUUGACAAGGAACUGUAUCAUUCCAUUGUAUCAAAAUUCAUUCGCCUUCUAGCGAUUAUAUAAGUGACGUAAAAGCUUUACUGAAGAAUCGUAACAGGUUAGACAUUUCCCGUACUUCGAAGUACAUAGUUAGUCAUAUUGCUGUACAUGUGACUAAUUAUGUUCUAAUCUUAUCCUUUUAGUUUUAGAAAGAAACUACAUUUUCUCUACUUUUUUUUUGUACUUAUAUAUAUAUAUAUAUUCAUAAAGAUGUUUUUCCAUGUUAAAAACGUUCAUAUAUAAGAUA